AUUGACAAAGAAGUCACUCAGCCACGUUAGCAGCUGAGGCAUUCGUGAAAAUUUCCUCUCAGUCUAACGUGAACAAAAUGGAAUUCGUUCCUGAUGUCUCCAACAUCAAUCAGUUGAGUCAUGAGCGGUGUACAAUGUACAAGUAGGGUAUCAAUAAGAAGCUAAGGGGUUACACAUUCUGGUAUAUUUGAAAAUGAAAUAUUCAACGAUCUCUGAAUAUUUGUUCCCUUUUGUUGAUACGAAUUAUAUGAUGGCGCCUUUGCCUAUGGGGCUAUUUCCAUGACUGUGUCUGCCGUAUUGUCAUUAUCAUUUUCAAUGGGAUUCGAUGAAAAAUAAGACUAUGUUAUAUCACAAAAAGUGCAAAGCAAUUACGUAUUGAAUGAAAGUAUAAUCAUGAUAAUUGUGUCAGUAUAGACAUGAUAGAAAAGCUGUCGAUUUAUCUCAGUGAGGUUAAAUGUCACAAAACCACUUUAGUCAAUGAAACUUCGAUCUAUUUUUCCCCCGGCAAGUACACGUUAUUCACCAACUCAUUCUCACCAUCAUAUAAUUGAGAGUCCCAUUACUAUAUGCUUUGUUUCUAAUGCAAGGUUGUGGAUUCCAUUGGGUUAGAAAAAUAAAGAGGGAUCUAUUUGUAAAUUGUAAUCCAUGAAAUUUGGAAAAGGGCCCUCAAAAACCCAUCUCCAUGCAUGAUCGAACCACACGUUGAUGACAUAUUUCAGGAGCUUUCGAUUAAUUUCAAGCGAUAAUGGUCAGCUCAACGUUGCGUUGCCCACAGCAACAGUGUACACAGUCAUCUGUCACGAGGUUUGCAUUUCAAAUGGACAAAAGAAUUGACCAUACAUACCGGUGGUGAUUUUCGAUCGAUCGCACAAUAUAGGCAAACGUUAGGCGAGGACUGAUGAAUGGGAAGCCAUUGACCCCCCCCCCUCCUCCUCUUCCCCCUCCUUGCAACAAAAUACCAAGGGCAAUCGCCUGGCGACCGUUGAGAGGCGCCAACCGUUAGCCAAUCACAGGCCGUUGUUUGGUUGUUCAGGUAUCGGGGAGAGAAUUGUAUAAAUAGGAGGGUCCCGUUAGGCCAACCACCAUUCAUAACCUGCUUCAGACACAUCGCACGUCGGCGGCACUAGUGAAUUGUGACUUUCAAGUCAACUUUUCGACAACAUCCCAACUCAAAUACCUCAAUAUGCGUGAAUGUAUCUCUAUCCACGUCGGCCAAGCCGGAGUCCAGAUAGGUAAUGCCUGCUGGGAGUUGUACUGCCUUGAGCACGGCAUCCAGCCUGAUGGUCAGAUGCCCUCAGACAAGACCAUUGGUGGUGGUGAUGACUCCUUUAACACCUUCUUCAGUGAGACUGGAGCUGGCAAGCACGUCCCCCGUGCCGUCUUCGUCGAUCUCGAACCAACCGUAGUCGAUGAGGUUCGUACCGGUACUUACCGCCAGCUCUUCCACCCUGAGCAGUUGAUCACCGGCAAGGAGGAUGCUGCCAACAACUACGCCCGUGGUCACUACACCGUCGGAAAAGAACUGAUCGAUAUCGUCCUCGACAGGAUCAGGAAGCUGGCUGACCAGUGCACAGGUCUCCAGGGAUUCCUCAUCUUCCACAGCUUCGGUGGUGGCACCGGCUCUGGCUUCACCUCUCUGUUGAUGGAACGUCUCUCCGUCGACUAUGGAAAGAAGUCCAAACUGGAGUUUGCCAUCUACCCAGCACCUCAGGUAUCUACCGCUGUCGUCGAGCCUUACAACUCAAUCCUCACCACUCAUACCACCCUCGAGCACUCAGAUUGCGCCUUCAUGGUCGACAACGAGGCCAUCUACGAUAUCUGCCGUCGUAACCUCGACAUCGAGCGACCUACUUACACCAACCUGAACCGUCUCAUCGGCCAGAUCGUCUCCUCCAUCACCGCUUCUCUGCGAUUCGAUGGUGCCCUCAACGUCGAUCUUACCGAGUUCCAGACCAACUUGGUGCCCUACCCACGUAUCCAUUUCCCUCUUGCCGUCUAUGCCCCAGUCAUCUCUGCUGAGAAGGCAUACCACGAGCAGUUGACCGUUGCCGAGAUUACUAACGCCUGCUUCGAGCCCGCCAACCAGAUGGUGAAAUGCGAUCCUCGCCACGGCAAGUACAUGGCCUGCUGUCUCCUGUACCGUGGUGAUGUCGUCCCCAAGGAUGUCAACGCCGCCAUCGCUACCAUCAAGACCAAGCGUACCAUCCAGUUCGUCGACUGGUGUCCAACUGGCUUCAAGGUCGGUAUCAACUACCAACCACCCACCGUCGUUCCUGGUGGUGAUCUUGCCAAGGUUCAACGUGCCGUCUGCAUGUUGAGCAAUACCACCGCCAUCGCCGAGGCUUGGGCCCGUCUCGACCACAAGUUCGAUCUGAUGUACGCCAAGCGUGCUUUCGUCCAUUGGUACGUCGGAGAGGGUAUGGAGGAAGGAGAGUUCUCCGAGGCUCGUGAAGAUCUUGCUGCUCUCGAGAAGGACUACGAAGAAGUCGGCACUGACUCCGUCGACGCAGAGGGAGAGGAAGAAGAAGGCGACGAGUAUUAAAGUAUAACGCAAAAUGAACCCAAUCUUUCAGACCAUCAUCGGCAAAACUUCCUCUAAAAGAUGAAGAUAUUCUAAGAAUACCUUAAUCGAAUUUCCGUCCACAUAACUCGCGACUUUCAGAGGGAAAGUAAUUGUUCAAAACAGUAAAACGAUGAUACCAAUACAGUAUGUGAUCAUUAAGAUUAAAUCAUGAUCAACCUAAAA